AACAGCGAGUCACAUGAUUGGUCCAGCCCAUCCCGGAUACCGGAAACAGCAGGGCAGGGCCCAGAGAAAUUAUCGCUUUUUUUAUAGCGAUUGAUAACAGGAUCACUUUUAAAUGGAAAUAAAGCCAUUAUCGUAAUACCAUCCCUAUUGCAUUAUAUUCUCGAAUCCGAAUUCAAUUUGAGUUAUGACAGCCAUCAAGCAUGCCCUUCAGAGGGACAUCUUUACCCCAAACGAUGAACGUCUUCUCAGCAUUGUCAAUGUCUGCAAGGCAGGGAAGAAGAAGAAGAAUUGCUUCCUGUGUGCCACAGUUACAACGGAGAGGCCGGUGCAGGUGAGAGUGGUUAAGGUGAAGAAGUCUGACAAAGGGGAUUUCUACAAACGGCAGAUGGCCUGGGAACUGAGGGAUCUGGCUGAAGUAGAUGCAAAAGAUGCCAGCAAGGAGAACCCAGAGUUUGACCUCCAUUUUGAGAAGGUGUACCGAUGGGUGGCCAGCAGCACGACUGAGAAGAAUUCCUUUAUCUCUUGCAUCUGGAAGCUGAACCAGCGUUACCUCCGGAAGAAGGUGGAGUUUGUGAAUGUCAGUUCCCAGCUUCUGGAAGAGCUUCCUAAAGCGGAAGAGUCAGUCCCCAGUGGUGAGAGCCAGAGUGUUGCUGGGGGCGACGAGGAUGCUCUGGAUGACUACCAGGAACUGAACGCCCGUGAGGAGCAAGACAUUGAGGGCAUGAUGGAGGUGUGCGACUACGCUAUCUCUAAUGCAGAGGCCUUCGCUGAGAAACUUUCCAGGGAGCUCCAGGUUCUGGAUGGGGCCAACAUCCAGUCCAUCAUGGCAUCAGAGAAGCAGGUGAACAUCUUGAUGCAGCUGCUGGACGAGGCUCUGUCAGAGGUGGACACCAUAGAGGGCAAGCUGAGCAGCUACGAGGAGAUGCUGCAGAGCGUCAAGGAGCAGAUGGACCAGAUCUCCCAGAGCAACCGCCUCAUCCAGAUCAGCAACACCAACAACGGCAAGCUGCUGGACGAGAUUCAGUUCCUGGUGAACUACAUGGACCUGUCGAAGGGACACAUACGGGCACUUCAGGACGGUGACCUGUCCUCCCCCAAAGGCAUCGAGGCCUGCAUCAAUGCCUCGGAGGCUCUUCUGCAGUGCAUGAACGUGGCCCUCAGACCGGGCCACGACAAGCUGAUGGCUGUGAAGCAGCAGCAGCACCUGUUUGCGGAGCUCAGAGAUACCUUCGCCCGGCGCCUCACCAACCACCUCAACAACGUGUUCGUCCAUCAGGGCCAUGACCAGAGCUCGACGCUGUCUCAGCACACUGCGGAGCUGACUCUGCCCAAACACAGCCCCCUGCACCGGGACCUGCUGCGAUACGCCAAGCUCAUGGAGUGGCUGAAGAACACCCAGAGAGAGAAGUACGAGGGCCUGUCCAGGACCUAUGUUGAUUACAUGACCAGGUUAUAUGAACGUGAAAUUAAAGACUUCUUCGAGGUGGCCAAGAUCAAAAUGGCAGGCACAACGAAAGAGGGGAAGGGCAAUAAGUUUGCCACGCUUCCACGGAAAGAGAGUGCUCUCAAACAAGAUACGGAAAGCCUGCAUGGCAGCUCUGGGAAGCUGACCGGCUCCACCUCCAGUCUGAAUAAGCUGGCAGUGCAAGGCUCCAACAGCAGACGCUCCCAGUCCUCCUCUCUGCUGGACAUGGGCAAUAUGUCCGCUUCAGACUUGGAUGUGGCUGACAGGACCAAGUUUGAUAAGAUCUUUGAGCAGGUUCUUAGUGAGCUGGAGCCUCUCUGUCUAGCGGAACAAGAUUUUAUCAGCAAGUUUUUCAAGUUACAGCAGCACCCAACUCUGCUUCAGGGAGAAGUGGAGGAAUCCGAUGGAGGAGUAAUCUCCAGACAGGCUAUACCAGGGGAACACAGACACUCCGUAACUUCAAAUGAAAAGGACAUGGUGCGGUUGAUGAUGAACAAGAUCUUCCACAGCAUCGAGACGGAACUCAACAGCCUCAUUGCGCUUGGAGACAAGAUUGACAGCUUCCACUCCCUCUACAUGCUAGUGAAGAUGAGUCAUCACGUGUGGACAGCCCAGAACGUGGAUCCCGCCUCCUACCUCAGCACCACACUGGGCAACGUGUUGGUCACCGUCAAAAGGAACUUUGACAAGUGCAUUUCCGGUCAGAUGAGACAGAUGGAAGAGGUGAAGAUCUCUAAAAAGAGCAAAGUGGGCAUCCUGCCCUUUGUCACUGGAUUCGAGGAGUUUGCAGAGCUGGCUGAGACCAUCUUCCGGAAUGCAGAGCGCAGAGGGGAUCUGGACAAGGCAUACGUCAAGCUUAUAAAAGCUGUCUUUGUGAAUGUGGAGAAAGUGGCCAUUGAGAGUCAGAAGACACCCCGGGACGUGGUGAUGAUGGAGAACUUCCACCACAUCUUCUCCACGCUAUCCCACCUGAAGAUCUCCUGCCUGGAGACAGAGAGGCGAGAGGCAAAGCACAAGUACACGGACCAUCUGCAGUCCUAUGUGAUCAAUUCACUGGGACAGCCCCUGGAGAAGCUCAAUCACUUCUUUGAGGGAGUAGAGGCACGUGUGGCCCAGGGCGUACGUGAAGAGGAGGUGAGCUACCAGCUGGCAUUCAACAAACAGGAGCUGCGUAAAGUUAUCAAGGAGUACCCCGGCAAGGAGGUGAAGAAGGGCCUGGACAACCUGUACAAGAAGGUGGACAAGCACCUGUGUGAGGAGGAGAGUUUGUUACAAGUGGUUUGGCACUCCAUGCAGGAUGAGUUCAUCCGUCAGUACAAACACUUUGAAGGCUUGAUUGGCCGUUGCUACCCGGGAUCAGGAAUCACUAUGGAGUUUACCAUUGGAGACAUGCUGGAGUACUUCUCAAGCAUUGCUCAGUCGCAUUAAUCACACGCAAAUAUGUGUAUACUUUAACCUUGAUCUCUGUUGCUUUAGUGCCUCACAGAAGAAACACUACUAUUUACUGAAAUAAAUCUGCUGAUGCUGUGUGGCCAAUAGUACAUUUCUGAAAUUGAUUUAACUAAACUUUUGUCUGCAAUACUUGUCUGGAAAGGGAUUAACAGUUGUAAAUAGUUUGUGCGCGCUCAUGCGUACAUGCAUGCUAAUAAUUUGCACAGAUGUAUUAUUAGGUCUAUAAGGAAAUUGUAAUUUAAAAAAUGCAUUUCGAAAGUGUCGAAUUUUGUACAAUCGCAUGUUGUUCUUCUACUGGAAUAUUUCUGUUCUAUGAUUGCAAAUCAAAAACAGAAUGCCAUAUUGUUGCAAAAUAAAACAAGUACAUUUUGU